AACUCUGCAGGUUUCCGGCUGUAGCAAGGUGAUCAUGGCUUCUGCUCUGAGCUCAGCCGUGAAAUUAUUGAAUUCUAAUGCUCGUAAUGCAUUGAUUCUCAGAGCUGGGAGUUGUCUUCAGUUUAUUAGAGGUGCACAAUGGUUUCCCGACGAAGAGUUCUUGAACCGGUUCAGCGGGCCCGUAAUGUAUCCAGAUGAGGUGACAUCAAAACUUAUGAAGUUGCCAUGGAACAGAAACAUGCCCCCCAAAGAAAAGAAAGUGCGGAACAUGGAGAUCAACUUUGGGCCCCAGCAUCCUGCUGCCCACGGAGUGCUCAGGCUCGUUUUGGAACUUGACGGAGAGACUGUAAUGAGAGCGGACCCGCACAUCGGAUUGCUCCACCGUGGCACUGAAAAGUUGAUGGAAUACAAAACUUACACCCAAGCACUUCCCUACAUGGAUCGACUCGACUACGUGUCCAUGAUGUGCAACGAGCAGUGUUACUCGCUGGCUGUGGAAAAGCUGCUUAACAUUGAAAUCCCAAAGAGGGCCAAGUACAUUCGAGUGCUCUUUGCUGAGAUCACUAGGGUCCUUAAUCAUAUCAUGGCGGUGGGUACUCAUUGUCUCGACAUUGGUGGUCUGACACCUUUCUUCUGGCUUUUCGAGGAGAGAGAGAAGCUGAUGGAGUUCUAUGAACGUGUGAGCGGAGCACGCAUGCAUGCUGCCUAUGUGCGUCCUGGUGGAGUGUCCCAGGACAUCCCCCUGGGUUUGCUAGAUGACAUUUAUGCCUGGGCAGAGAAGUACAGUCAGAGGCUAGAUGAGGUGGAGGACCUGCUCACUCAGAACCGUAUCUGGAAACAGCGUACGAUUGACAUUGGAGUCAUAUCUGCGGAAGAUGCUCUCAACUGGGGCUGCAGUGGAGUUAUGCUUCGUGGCUCUGGCAUCAAGUGGGACCUGAGGAAAACACAGCCAUACGACGACUACCAGGACUUUGAAUUCGAUGUACCCGUUGGUAGGAAGGGAGACUGCUACGACAGGUACUUGUGCCGUAUGGAAGAGAUGCGUCAGAGUCUGCGCAUCAUCCACCAGUGCCUGAACAAGAUGCCACCCGGGCCAAUAAAGACAGACGACAACAAGUGCACACCUCCUUCCAGGCACGAGAUGAAGACUUCAAUGGAAGCGCUGAUACACCACUUCAAGCUGUUCACAGAGGGAUACCAAGUUCCUCCAGGAGCCACGUACACAGCUGUAGAGGCACCUAAGGGUGAAUUCGGACUGUACAUGAUCUCAGACGGCAGCAGUCGACCAUACCGGUGCAAAAUCAAGGCACCUGGGUUUGCACAUUUGUCCACACUAGACUACAUAGGAAGGAAUCACAUGCUGGCUGACAUUGUGGCAAUCAUUGGUACCCUGGACGUGGUUUUCGGUGAGAUCGACCGUUAGACCAAACAUCGAAGACUGUAUUUAUGCGAGCACACAGCAAACGAGUAUAGGAAAUCUAGCAUCUUCUUCACGUUGCUUAGGCAUGUGAGGGGCUGUGUUCUUUAAAAUAAAACUGCUCAACACGA